AUGUCUUUGACGGAUGGAGAUGAAAAUGGGUUCUGGCGGCGCCGGGAUGUCUUCGUCGCCGGCGUUGUUCUCGCCGUUUUCCUCGUGGCCCAAGUCUGGCUACGGCCACAUUCAAAGGCUCGUCAGCGAGAGCCACCGUACAUCAACUCGCGUAUUCCAUUCAUCGGGCAUAUCAUUGGGAUGAUGAGAUAUGGCGCGAAAUACUUUGACAUCGUCAACAAGGAGAAACGACACCCCGUCUUCACUCUACCAAUGCUAUCUACCCGCAACUACAUCGUCUCCGACGCGACCCUAGCCGGACACAUCCAACGCAAUAAUAAGACGCUGUCAUUCUACGCUCUCAUCGUCGAAGUGACGCGCCGCAUCAUUGCCUUCGACAAAAACGCAGCGCGCAUCAGCACGCACAACAUGGACGGCGAGCAUGGGCCCGGCGGCCUCAUGCCGGCAGUACACGAAAUGAUGAACCGACUGCUCGCCCCGGGCCCGGCCCUCGACGCCAUCACAGCACUUCAGAUGGAGCAUUUCACCUCGAUGCUGAACAGCGCCGUUCCCCCACACGGCGAUGCGAUUGUGGCGAACCUUUACGCGUGGCAAAGACAUGUUCUCAGUCUUUGUAAUGCAUACGCAAUCUACGGGCCUGAGAACGCCUUUGCCGUUCAGCCAGAGCUGGAAGAAGACUUUUGGACUUUCGAAGACGGGAUGCUCGGCCUGGUUGUCGAUAUCGUGCCCUCGAUUACCGCUCGAACAGCUCAUUUUGCUCGCAAAAGAGUACUUGAUGGUCUAAUCGAAUACGUGCGUCACGAGCGCUACAAAAAGGCCUGUCCGCUAAUCCAGGAACGGGUACAAACGAAUCUGGCCUUUGGCAUGAGUAAGGAAAUGGCUGGCCAUGCGGAAUUGAUCUUGAUGUUUGGGAUCAUGGGCAAUGCAGUCCCUUCCAAUUUCUGGCUUCUUUCUCACCUCUUCUCCCGACCUGAUCUCCUUGAGCGCAUCCGGAGCGAGCUGGAAUUGGCCCUCGAUUUGAGUUCACCUGCGGAUGGGAGAAAAGAGAUGACCGUCUCCAUUGCAGCGAAGAGAAUCAACAUCAAGUCUUGUCCUUUGCUCUACUCCUGCUACCGCGAAGCCUUACGGGACAUCUCGCUCCUCACGUCGGCACGGAUGGUCAUGAAGGAUACACUCAUCCCCUCUGACGCCACUGGUGAUAAAGGAGAGUACCUUUUACGGGCGAAUUCCAUCGUUCAGAUUGCCGGCGGAGUCAUCCAUCAGGAGCCCAGUAUCUGGGGCGAGGACGCGGAUGAGUUCAAUCCGGAGCGAUUCCUCGUCAAGCAAGCCGGAAACUAUACAUCAACAUCACGCACUGCUUUGCCCCUACCACCUGGCGUACCGUCCUCGGCAUUUCGCGCCUACGGGGGAGGGACAGUGAUUUGUCCCGGACGACACUUUGCGCAAACAGAACUCAUGUUGUUCGCCGCGGUGCUUGCCCUAGGUUUUGAUAUCUUUGAAGCGGAUGGAGCGACGCUGAAAGUGCCCCCGAAAGAUGACACUCGGAUCCCGUUGAGCGUCAUGAAGCCAACGUAUGAUCCUCGAGUGCAGAUCCGUCGACGGCAAGGAUGGGAGGCGGUGCGGUGGGAAGUCGGACUGUAG